AUGCUCGCGCAUAUGUUGCGCUUCCUUCAAGGCAGCAAAGUCAAUAGUACUUGCCGGUCUCCCGGUGACCGUGAGAGUUUGCACCAUGCCCACGACUCCUCCUCCGCCGAUUGUCAGCCAUUCCAGCAUGCAGACGAAAGCAACAGCAAUGCGAAUGUUGCAAAGGACGACGGGAAAAGGAGAGGCAUUUUCGGGUUUCUGAAACUUCACAGCGACUGCCCCAGCAAAGCGGCCUUACGAGCAUGCCCACCAUCGCCUCGUACGAGCUCAGCAGCUGAGACGAAUGCAUACGAUGAACAUGAAGGAGAUACCCGGUGGCAGAGUGCAGAAACUGACGAUCGCAAGCCUAAUGACAGUUGCAGCCCUCCAGAUAGCAGCAACGACAGCAGCACCAGCGGCGCCGGCGCCUGCAGCGAGUUGUAUUGUCCUGCCUGUGGAGAGCUCGGGGGUGCUUUGUUAUGCCACGAGUGUGGCCCUCGGCCUGACAAUACUUUCCUCAGACACUACAGACGUUCUUACCUCUACAAGGCUUUAGAUAUUCUCUUGAGUCUUGCUGAAUUCGUUGGCCGUUCCCUCCUGUGCGUCGGGUCUAUGCUUAGCAAAUACUUGUGCACAGGAGGGGGAAAGUCGGAAGCAAACGAAGAUGCAGGUGUGGGGGGCUUCAAGGCUCGUAGAGCAGCCCCUUCAGGUCUCCAGUUGACAGAAGGAGCAUGCAGAGCUGUCAGACGGAGGCCAGGGAAAGGCACGCAACAGAAAUGCUCGCCAAAUUCGGACAUACAGGGCCCAACAGAUGAGCAGCGACAAAGUGUGCAGCACGACACCACCGAGGCAGCAGGGAAAGAGACUAAUAAGCAGCGACAGCAGGAAGAAUGCAAGGGCAACAAGCUGACGCCACCGCCUCUGCGAGACCCGGGGAGUGUAACGCAUAAGUUUUGGGCUACGGUCAAUUUUCUUGAAGAUUUAUUUGUCAGUUUGUCCCUGAGACAUCCGUUGUCGGGUUGGUUGUCUUGGAGUUUGUUAAGUAUUGGCUUCUAUUGCGUGUUGAAUUGCAUGCUGUGGCCUCUCUUAAUCCUCUUUUUUGUUUAUCGUCGCAUUCGCUUCUACGCGUGGGAAGCGGCUGUACGUUUGCGCCGCUCAAUUGUUUUUUCGGAUGAUCUUCUGGCACAGCUGCAGCGGCAGCAGCAGCAGCAGUUGACCAGUUCAAGAGGUUGGGGAUUGAUACCCCUUCCUGUUCCUCGGGGUGUGGGUUCAAAAGGUGUCGCUCCGAUUGAAAUAUUAUCCUUGAUGGAGAGUCAGGAGAAACUCUUUUUCUCUAUGCCUUGGAUGGCGGUAACGGGCUUCUCUUACUGUGAGAGGCUGAGCUUUCAAGAGUUGUGCAUGGCGAUAACUCAGAAACUCCUGAAACCCAAACAGGAAUUCGCAUGUUUGGCAAAUUGCACUGGUGGAUCUGAUUUUCUUGAUCAGCUGCCAGUUUCUGCAUUUCUGCACCCUCGACUCCUCGCUAGGGUGCAGCGCGUCAUGGGCCGGUACUGCUGGGUUCGGCAGCCGGGCUUUAAGGUAUCUCAGCAGGUAAUUAAAUUCACGAAAAAGGGAAUAAAUGUGCUGCGUAAGCAGCGGUGUGCUGCUAAGGGUGAACCAGAAGAAGGAUCAAAGAGCGGAGAAGAGAAUUCAUGCUUUUGCAGGUCUGCAGCAGAGUGCAACUGCUUAAUGGAUGAGGCAGAUGUACUGUGUUUGGUUAACGAGGCAUUAUCUCAGCCCCUUGAUCCAAUGAAACCUUUAUGGCAGUUUCUUUACCUUGAAAAUGUCAUUAUGCCUCCGAAUCCAGCGGAGAAUCCAUUGCAGAAGGAACGUAUAGGAAGCGCUGUAGUGUUCCGCAUGCAUCAUGCAGUAGGAGAUGGUAUAUCUAUAACAAGGAUGUUCCUUAAAGAUUUCUUGUGUUCAUCACCAGCAAAUCCAGGCUGUAGUAUUAAUGACAGGCCUUUCUAUCCAAUUGAUGCAACAGAGGAGAGUUUCUUACAAGAUAAGACUACCUCUGGUGGUGACGGUGUAGAGGGGGCUGCCUCCUCUCUUAGUCGUGCCUCCAUCUCUAACCAGCCAGUAUCUGCAACUCAUAAGUGCGAAGAAGGAACUCCUGUUAGCGCCGCCAGCACCAGCACAAUGUGGACAGUUUCGGGGCUUUCUUUGAAGGCAUGCGUAGAUGGAUGUGAUGCGACUACAGAAAAAUGCAUGCAGCGUUCGUCACAGGCAGUUGGGGGGGCCCCUACUAACGGAGGACCUGUAACUGUAGCUGCUGCAGCACAGGUUGGUGCUGCACAGAAGCCUCCUGUAUCUAUAUGCUCUAUUCCUAAUACUGUCUUCUGGAGGCUCUUUGUUGCACUACGAUUUGCCCUACAAUUACCCUUCUAUGGAGCAGGUAUGGCUAUGCUGCUGAGCUACGAUGAGCUGCUCAAGGCACCAAGGAGCGGCAGCGCAAAUAGGACAAGAAUUGCCCCCCCUAUUUGUCUUUCUUUACAAGAACUUAAGGACCUUAAGACGAGGCUUAUUGUUGCUCUAGCUAAGCAGCAGCAACAGCAACAGCAGCAACAACAGGAACAACAGCAUGAUGCGCGGGGUCCACGGAGCACUAAGACGCUCCCUAAGAAGUUUUGCCCUCCCUAUGGUGAUGUGCCUUGA